AUGAUUAAUCCUAACAGAAAAUAAAUUCAAGGAAGUCAAUUUUACUAAUGUUUUCUGAAAGAAAUAGACCAAGAAAUGCUUCAUUAGCAAUAUAAUAAGAAAAAUAUAUUAAAAAUUAAGUUCGACUUCACAAAAAGGAAGCUAAAUCUAGAUAUUUAACACCAAAAAAAUAAAAUCAAUCAUUUUAAGCUCGAUUAUUAAAUCUUCCAAUAAUAUCUUCGAGUAUAAAAAAUUAACUUUUUGUUACAUAAAUUUUUACUAGAAUGGAUGAACAAUAACAAUAUCCAUCUUUAUAAAAUUGGGAUUUAAAAUUUGAUUCCUUAUUAUGUGGUACUUUAAGAAAAUUCAGUUAAACUAAAGAAUAAAAACUAUUCAAUAAAUCAUUUAGUAUAGAAGAAUAAUAAGAAAUGA